AUGACCAUGGACCGAACAUCAUCACAAGGAAGUUCACCGGACUCACCAUCACGAACCACAAGAGUACUAUCCAUCGAAUGUUUCAGAGGAAGUUCAAAAUCCGAUGACAUGCUACAAACCGGCGAUAUAGUUGAAGAGCUCCGACUUGGAGGUUCAGCGAACUCAAUGAUUCGGUUUAAGUCGCCUUAUAAGAACGGUAAAAGCGGUGUUAAUAAGAUCCUUCAGGAAGCGUAUAAGAAAAAAGAGAGUUCUAUUCUUGUUCGAGUUCGCCGUGGAAUUGAUGAGUUUGCCGAGUUGCAGGGUUGUAUUGUUCCUAAUGAUUUGUCUGGGAGUAAGAAGUGUUAUGUUCUUAGGUCUGUUACUGAUCCUGAUUAUGUUGUUGGGUUUUUGGAUCGAACUGAAGCUGAAUGCUUCCAACUCCAAGCUACAAGAACCAGUAGGAUGGUAAAUGAGCUAACACAAACCCGAAUACAAGAUGGAUUUGUCUCCUAUCCAUGGGAGAGGAGGAUGCAGGAGUUGCUAUCCGUUCCCAAUUCUAGCAACUUUCUUUCCAUAUUACUUCUUCCCAAAGUUUCAGAUAGGGUAGCUUCUCGCUACAAUGACGUGGAGGACACACUUGCCAGGGCGAACGCAUGGCUUAAUGCAGCUCAAGGUUCAGGGGUCCCUAUUGUCUUUAUGAAUAUUCAAACCGAGUCUUUACUUACCAAGAUAUCUGGAGAGACUGCUUCUUCCACUGUAAACACAGGGUCCUUAUCCGACUUAUGCAACAUUGCAAAUGCAAGCCUUUAUGGUUUCGAAGAUUAUCACGGAGUAGACAUUGGUGUUGUUAGAGCAAUUCGACUAUGGUAUGCUCCAAUGGGAGGAGAGGUUUCAAUAGAGAUAAAACUAAGAGAUGAUGAUUCAAAGCUUGGCUUUUCGAUUAGUCGUACAGAAGAGGGUUUUGUAUUCAUCUCAUCAUCAGUUACUGAUGAAGGUAAAGAAAGUUCACCGGCCACACGUUCAGGUCUAAGCAAACUAUACAAACUAGCAACAGAAACUUCAAGGCUGUUAGUAGUUUCAAGGCUUUCAAAUCAAAGAGUCCUUCCGUGGAUGGUUUCAUCAACAGGAGCAAUUCGAUGUUACGACACAGUUUCAUUGAGCCAGAAACUCUCUUUACACCGACACACUAAAGUUCCUAUUCUCCUACACGUCUUCCUUUGGGACAGAACAUUGGCUACUUCAAGUGUAGAGAGUACAAAGUCCAAACCCUUAUCUCCAUUCGUGUUACCAUUACCAUCUGAAGUUCAAUCCUGUGAAGGUUCUGAUUCAGGUGAUAUCAAUACCAGUGAUAGCUCUCAGCCUAGGCAGCUUGAGAAAGGCACAGCCGGGGAUGUCUCAUUCAGAUUCCAGGACUUCUCUUUGUCCUCCACCAACUUGGUAUGA